AAUGUCUUCGGACCUUUCUUUCCUCUGGCAUUCUACCUCUUUCUACCCUCACUUUUUUUGCUUCUACUUUUUUACUUUUUCCAACUAUUUACAUAGCUCAAAUGUCUCUGAUGCUGCGAACUCGCUGGAAUCCAUUUUCCAGUUCCAGCUGCUUGGAGGACAAAGCUGAGUCUUCGCUUGUUCAUCGCGCUAAGGGAUGAUAUACUCUCAUCAUGAUACUCUCUACCUAGUCCUUGAGUAGAAGUAUUACUUUUUUUUCAAUUUUUUUUCCUCCAAAGGUUUCAUAGACCCUUAUACCAUAUCCAGCGCAUAGCCAUGGAUCCUUCCAGCGUCAGCACAGCCGAGACGGCUCUCUCGCAAGCCGUAUCGACUAUUGCGAAUAGCUCUACAACUGCUGUUGUCUCGGCUCUCUCGAGAGUAAACGAUGUCGCAGAUACUCAAAGCUCUUCUUCGUGGCUUGGGCUCAUCGCCAGACUCGUUCUUUUCGUACUUCACAUUCUCUCGACAAUACUAUACUGGGGCCUUAAGCUCACGACAAUAUCUAUGCCCACGAUACUGUUCACGUUGUUCUCCACAAGUUGGACGGUAACGAUGAACGCCACGACUUUGGCGUUGAUAUUGCUACUGAUGUUCUCUGCGGUUACUUGGGUUGUGAGAUAUAGGUACUUGAAUAUGUAUUCACGCCUACCUCCAGAACCGCAGCGUAAAGAGCCCGAUUUGGAUAUUUUCCCCGAGGGUCACGAAGAAGGUGCUAAACCUGGUCUUACCAACUAUCUCGACGAGUUUCUUAGUGCCAUUAAGAUAUUUGGAUAUCUCGAGCGUCCUGUGUUCCAUGAGUUGACCAGGAGUAUGCAAACUAGGAAGCUAAUCGCUGGUGAGACGCUGAAUUUGGAAGAAGAAAAGGGCUUCUGCCUCGUCGUGGACGGACUGGUUGAGAUUUUUGUCAAGUCUUCCAACCUUAAUCAAACCCGGCCCACUGGACUCGACGAAAGCUCGACGCAAUCUUUCUCGGAAGACGAGCAAUCCAUUCCAGGUCAGCAGCGAUAUCAGUUACUGACUGAGGUGCGAAACGGCAAUCCCAUGUCAUCUCUCUUCUCAAUCAUGUCUUUAUUUACGGAAGAUGUGAAGCUCAAGAUACCAUCCGAAGAGAACCUAGAGCCCAAUGAUACCAACGGCGGCUCUCAUCAUCAGCAGUUAGCUAGUGGUAGCUUUCCAGAUCAGCACGAUAUGUCGGCUUUUCUCACUAAAACCUCGGACCUUGACCCAACUCAUAGUGGGCCAGCCCAAUCCGAUGAGUCUCGGCUCACGAGUCCAUCUUCUCCUACUCAAGCUAGGCUGCCGAAAAUUCCUCCCAUUUCCUUAGACGAGCCGCAUAAAAGCCACACUCGUCCUUCCGUGAAACGGACAGCCACAUCUGUUCAUCCCGACAUCAUUGGGAGGGCGACAGUCGACACAACUAUUGCGAUUAUACCUGCUAGCGCGUUCCGUCGGUUGAUUAGAGUUUAUCCUAAAGCGACUGCUCACAUCGUUCAAGUCAUCUUGUCCAGGUUCCAGCGUGUUACCCUUGCCACGGCAUACAACUAUCUCGGGUUAACUAACGAGGUUCUUCACACGGAAAAAAAGAUGAUCAACUAUGCAACUUGCCAACUGCCGAACAUCCUUCGCGGCGAUGCUCUAGAUCGCUUAAAGGAGAAGUUUAAGCAGGAAAGAGAAAGAGCCGGUGAAGAGGAAACUGGCAAGGGGAUUGCUUUACACAAUCCAUCGACCACGGCCCGUCGACGUAGGUCUUCGACAGGGCUCCGUAAAGAGGCAGUCUUGCAAGCAAUGAGUCGUGCCAGACCUCGAUCUGUAGUGGCAUCUACGAUUGCACCGCCACAAGAACGACUCUCCAUCCAUACUCCUAGUCCUGGGGACUUACUGGCCAAUGUACAGAUAGCCCGCAGUGGGGGGACAGGGUCAAAUGGCACUUUGGAAAUACCUAUAGCAGAAUCCUUCCAGUCAUCAGAUACCUUUCCGAGAAAUGACGUAAGCCCUCUUGCUCUGCGUACCUUUAACCCUUUCGCUACCCAGAAAAGAGCCCGUCUCUCAAUUGAUCCUCGCGAAUCAGUGGAUGAAGACAACCUAUUCCGAGUGUCUAUACUUGAAUGUGUCUUUAAAGCCAUGGGUAUGAGCAGCAGUGGCUCCUCAUCCAGAGGACCCGAAUCUGCGGAAGGAUCUCCUAAGCUUAUCUCAUACGAUCAAAGGAGACAGAAAGCUGUGUUCAGUAAUAAUGCGUUCGGGUUUAUGGAUCCUUUUGAUGGUUAUACCGACUGGGAUGCUGAGUCAAUGACUUCUGGUGGCAUUUCAUCGACUGGCACGCCUAAUGCACAACUUCUUGCGGCUGAUAUGAAGCAUGAAGUAGAAAUUGUCUUCUUCCGGCAGGGAUCUGUAUUAGUCGAGCAAGGGGAACGAAGCCCAGGACUUUACUAUGUUAUCGAUGGAUUCCUCGAUAUAUGUGUCCCUUCAGAGGACUCGGGCAGCAGUAUUCUCAGUUCCUCAAGCAGAACAUCAACGACGGCAAUGCACAGGGCGGAGUCUGAUGAAGCUGCUCGACACCCGUUAUCAUUCAGCUCAACCAAGCCAUCUGACAACAGAAGCACGUCUGAUGCGAAACGGGGUACGAAACCGGAACGCCGUCGAGUAGGACUUGUAAAGCCUGGCGGUCUUGCCGGUUACAUUGGCACGGUCUCAUCUUUCAGAUCCUUCAUCGACGUGGUUGCGAAAACGGACGUAUACGUUGGCUUCAUCCCACGAGCGACAUUGGAGAAGAUCGUAGAAAAAUAUCCAAUUGUGCUCCUGACCAUGGCGAAGAGGCUGACUUAUCUACUCCCACGGCUUAUCUUACAUAUUGAUUUCGCCCUUGAAUGGGUUCAGGUUAAUGCCGGGCAAGUCUUGUUCCACAAAGACGAGGAAAGCGAGGCGAUAUAUAUUGUCCUGAAUGGAAGGUUACGACUAGUAGAAGACCGAAAAGAUGGUGGGAUGAAUGUCCGCGCGGAAUUUGGCCAAGGCGACAGUGUCGGCGAAUUAGAGGUCAUGACUGAAUCUACUCGUUCUGGAACUCUGCACGCCAUUCGAGCGACUGAGCUUGUCAAAUUUCCGCGCACCUUGUUCAACAGCCUUGCCCAAGAGCAUCCUAGCAUUACGAUCAAGAUCUCUAAGAUCAUUGCCUCUCGAAUGCGGUUAUUGGUUGAUGACCCAACGAUUCCUUCCGGAAAGGAAGGGAUAUCUGGCACAUCUAUAAAUAAGAGCUCGUCAACCUUAAACAUCAGGACCGUCGCUAUCCUUCCAGUUAGGGCAGGUAUUCCAGUUGUUGAAUUUGGCAACCGCCUGAUGAAUGCCUUGACACAAGUCGGCACGCCCAAUGGUGCAACUUCACUGAACCAAGCCGCAAUUCUCAGCCAUCUCGGAAAACAUGCCUUCAACAAAAUGGGGAAGCUGAAGCUAGCCCAUUAUCUUGCCGAUCUUGAGGAGAAGUAUGGACUAGUUGUUUACGUUGCAGAUACAAGUGUGACAGCACCUUGGACCCAGACCUGUAUUACACAGGCAGACUGCAUUUUGCUUGUUGGCCUAGCUGAAGGAUCCCCUGAGAUUGGCGAAUACGAACGAUUUAUGCUUGGUAUGAAGUCAACCGCCCGUAAAACACUAAUUCUCCUUCAUACUGAGCGCUAUUCGCCCCCUGGCCUGACAAGAGCCUGGUUAAGAAAUCGUGUCUGGAUUAAUGGCGGACAUCACCAUCUACAAAUGGUUUUUGAGUCAAAUCCCGUUGCGGCACAUCCGCCCUCCAGGAAAGCCGGGCCGACCUUGAAGGAGAGAGUGCAAAUUCUACAGGCUGAAAUACAUAAGUAUACAGUCCAGAAGAUACGGCAGAGACCCUACUACUCGCCUGAUGCCCCUUAUAAAGGUGACUUCCAAAGACUCGCCCGAAGACUCUGUGGCAAGUCUAUUGGCCUUGUCCUCGGCGGAGGUGGAGCCAGGGGUAUUGCUCACGUUGGUAUCAUCAAGGCGAUGGAAGAGGCUGGUAUCCCUGUUGACAUAGUCGGUGGCACGUCGAUCGGCUCGUUCAUUGGCGCCCUCUAUGCGCGUCACGCCGACGUGGUUCCUAUGUUUGGUCUAGCAAAAAAGUUUGCUGGGAGGAUGGGAAGCAUCUGGCGUUUUGCGUUUGAUCUCACGUAUCCGUCUGUGGCGUACACAACCGGUCAUGAGUUCAAUCGCGGUAUUUUCAAAACUUUUGGAAAACACCAGAUUGAAGACUUCUGGCUGGAAUACUACUGCAAUACGGUAAACAUUAGCAAAAGUAGGCAGGAGUUCCAUACCAGUGGAUACGCUUGGCGAUAUGUACGAGCGUCGAUGUCUUUGGCCGGUCUAUUUCCACCUCUGUGUGACGAGGGUAGUAUGUUAUUGGACGGUGGUUACAUCGACAACCUCACCGUAUCUCAUAUGAAGUCCCUUGGCGUCUCCGUUAUAUUUGCUGUUGAUGUGGGGGCUAUAGAUGACGAUACGCCUCAGUGCUACGGCGACUCUCUCUCGGGGUUUUGGGCCUUCUGCAAUCGAUGGAAUCCAUUUUCGAGCAUUCCGAAUCCCCCUACACUGGCAGAGAUCCAAGCCCGAUUGGCGUACGUAUCAAGCGUAGACGCUCUAGAGCGUGCCAAGACGACGCCGGGGUGUUUCUACAUGCGUCCGCCGAUCGAUGGAUAUGGGACUUUAGAAUUCGGGAAGUUUGACGAAAUCUAUGAUGUGGGGUAUAAAUUCGGCAAGCAAUACCUUGACCGCUUAAAGGACGAGGGCGUGCUUCCUCUAGUGGAGGAAACUGAGGAGAAGAAGGCAUUACGCAGGACGAUGGCGCCUCGACGUGCGAGUAUUUGAAAAUUUAGCGUCGUCGUUAUAUAUACCCAGUCAUAACCUGAGAAUUGAGGCAAGAGUUGCGAAGUGAAUAUAAAAGCCUUGAAAUAUCAAAGCGUACCUAGUUUACAACGAUCCAAAGUGAUGAGGCCCAAGCAUAUUUAAAUAUAUAUAGCGUAAGAUGCAGAAUUUCCUAGGGAGACUAUGAGCUGGCCGGGCUUGAAGGAGUACUUAAGGUAGGUAGGUAUUCCCUGUAUCAUGGGGUAGUCGUGUUAUGGUACAUCCCGGUGGCCAUUUUCUCUCUCUUUCAGGCUAUAUAAAAUCAUUGUCAAGAUCAUCCCCAGAUAUCUUCACCUGAAGGCCUACCUACCCCGCACGCAAAUCGCUUGCAGCCAAAUCGUUACUCCAGAUAAUAUGAAGAUUGUAUAUCACUACCUAUUUGGACAUUCGGGGGGCCUGCGGAUGUUCAACGUGGUGGUGAGAGCGUCGGUCUCAAACAUAAAGGGUCACUUA